UCCACCACAUGUAGUACACCCAUCGGAAAAACAAAAGCGCGUACGUACAAAACAAAAACAAAAACAAAAACAAAAACAAAAAAAAUGUGUCCGGCGAGUAGUGCAGUAUCGAGAAGGUGGUGCCCGACGGCGGAGCAGGUGAUGAUACUGGAUGAGCUGUACAGGAGAGGGCUGAAGACACCCAACUCCGCCCAGAUACAGAGGAUCGCCGGCCACCUCUCGUUCUACGGCAAGGUCCAGGGCAAAAACGUUUUCUACUGGUUCCAGAAUCACAAGGCCAGAGAAAGGCAGAAGCUCCGCAAGAAAUUUGCCAACCUUCUCCUCCACCACCAACAUCAUCAUGACCCGCAUACCCGUUUUCUUGACCCGCAAACCCGUUUUCUUCAACCUCCACCCUUUCAUCAACUACUCUCCCAUGGCUGCUCUGAUCCGCCGAAUCUUCUUAUUCCACAGCAUGCAGAGGGUGGUACUGCAAUUAAUAUUAGUGAGGAGGCCCCACACGGCGGCGGAGGAGUGGUGGUGACGCCUUCUUCAUGGAUGAGCUGCAGCUGGAGGAGGUGGAGAGAUAAUAAUAAUAAUAAUAAUAAUAAUUAUAAUAAUGAUAUUCCAACGUACGGCCAUGAUUCGGCGAUGAUUACGGGAGUGGGUCCCACCUAUUACCCCUGCUUCUUCAGGGACGACAAGCCCCUUCAAACCCUACAGCUCUUCCCCCUUAGUUCCUCCCCCCCACGCGCCACCACCACCACCACCACUACUGCCUCUAUUAAUGAAUAAUGCCACCCCCGCCCCCCACUUCUUUGGAUAAUUACAUAUCAGCCCUUAUCAAAUAAUUAAAUCCACUAAUCUCUCU